CUCUCUGAAAUAAAAAAAGAUUUAAAAAAAAAUUAGCCACAGUAACACACCUAUAAGUAUUAACAAUAAUUCCUUAAUAUGAUAAAAUAUUCAGUGCUCAAAUUUCUCUUGUUUCAUAAAUUCUUUUUAUAAUUGGUUUGUUCAUAUCAGUAAUCAGACAAGGACCACACUUUGCAUUUUCUUGCUGUGUCUUUUUAAUUUUUUAAUAGCUUUAUUUUAAAAUAAUUUCAAGCUUAGAGAAAAGUUAUAACACAUAGAACUCAUAUAUUGUUCACCUGGAUUCACCAAUAAUUAACAUUUGCCACAUUUGCUUUGUCGUUAUCUCUAUAUAUAUCAUCUUAACCUUUUGAGACUAAAUUGCAGCCAUGAUGCCACUUUAGAUUUAAAUACUUCAGUGUAUAUUUUCUAAGAACAAGGAGCUUCUGUUACAUAACCACUGUUCUACUACCAAGAUCAGAACAUCUAAUGCUGAUAUGUUACUCUUACCUAACUUAUAGUACAUGUUCCAAUUUUGCCAGUUGUCCCAAUAAUAUCCAUUAUAGCAUUCUAGGGUCAUACAUUGUAUUUUGGUGUGCUGUCACUUUCUUUAAUUUGAAACAGAUACUUUUUCUGUAUCUUUCAUGACCUUAAACACUGACAGGCCAGUUAUUUUGUAGACUGUCUUUCAAUUUGGAUUGUAUGAAGUUUCUUCAUGAUUAGACUGAGAUUAUUCAUUUUUGGCAUGAAAACCAUAGAAGUGAUGCUAUAGGCUUUUCAGUACAUCACAUCAGAGGCAUGUAGUAUCAGGUAUCAGUUUAUAGUACAUAUUAACUUUGAUAAGUUGGUUAAGGUGGUAUCCUCCAGAAUUUCCUACAGUUACUAUUUUCUCUAAUUAAUAAAUAUUUUGAACCUAUGUAAAUAUCUUCUUUCUUGUGAAAAUUUUACCUCUGCUUUUAGCAUCCAUUGAUGAUACUUGCCUGGAUUAUUACUCCCGUCAUUCCUUCUGCAUUUAUUAGUUGGCAUUCCACUGUACAGAAGAGCUUUCUCUUCUCUAUUAUAGGUUGGAAAGAUGUAUGAGCAUUGUGACAUCGAUGACUACUGGUGUCUCAGAGAGAGAGGCAAAUGAUGCCCUUAAUGCCUACGUAUGCAAAGGUCCCCCUCAGCAUGAGGAAGUCUGUCUGGGUCUCUUCACCCUUGUCCUCACUGAACCUGCUCAAGCCCAGAAGUGUUACCGGGACUUGGCUCUGGUGAGUCGUGAUGGCAUGAAUAUUGUCUUGAAUAAAAUCAACCAGAUACUUAUGGAGAAGUACUUGAAGUUGCAAGACACCUGCCGUACUCAGUUGGUGUGGUUGGUACGGGAACUAGUGAAGAGUGGGGUUCUGGGAGCUGAUGGUGUAUGCAUGACAUUCAUGAAGCAGAUUGCUGGUGGGGAUGUUACGGCAAAAAAUAUCUGGUUGGCAGAAAGUGUCCUGGAUAUCCUGACAGAGCAGAGGGAGUGGGUAUUGAAGAGCAGCAUCCUCAUUGCCAUGGCCGUUUACACAUACCUCCGCCUGAUUGUCGACCACCACGGGACCGCCCAGCUUCAGGCCCUGCGGCAGAAGGAGGUGGACUUCUGCAUCUCACUGCUUCGGGAACGGUUCAUGGAAUGUUUGAUGAUUGGCCGGGACCUUGUAAGACUACUUCAGAAUGUUGCCAGGAUACCAGAAUUUGAACUGCUUUGGAAAGAUAUUAUUCAUAACCCUCAGGCCUUGAGUCCUCAGUUCACAGGUAUCCUGCAGCUUCUUCAGUCAAGGACAUCCAGAAAAUUCCUAGCGUGUCGUCUAACCCCAGACAUGGAGACUAAACUCCUCUUCAUGACCUCCCGGGUUCGGUUUGGUCAACAAAAGCGAUACCAGGAUUGGUUCCAGCGUCAGUACCUGUCAACUCCAGACAGUCAGUCUCUGCGCUGUGACCUCAUUCGCUACAUCUGUGGGGUUGUCCACCCUUCUAAUGAAGUGCUGAGUUCAGAUAUCUUGCCCCGAUGGGCCAUCAUUGGUUGGCUGCUGACAACAUGCACGUCAAAUGUCGCUGCCUCUAAUGCCAAGCUGGCUUUGUUUUACGACUGGCUGUUCUUUAGCCCAGACAAGGAUAGCAUUAUGAACAUAGAGCCAGCCAUUCUGGUCAUGCAUCACUCCAUGAAGCCCCACCCAGCCAUCACUGCCACACUCCUGGACUUCAUGUGCCGUAUCAUUCCCAACUUCUAUCCACCACUGGAGGGCCAUGUACGGCAGGGUGUCUUUUCCUCCCUCAACCACAUUGUGGAGAAACGGGUGUUGGCGCAUUUGGCUCCCCUGUUUGACAACCCUAAAUUGGAUAAGGAGCUGCGGGCAAUGCUGAGGGAGAAGUUUCCUGAGUUCUGCAGUUCACCCAGCCCACCUGUGGAAGUCAAAAUUGAGGAGCCAGUUUCCAUGGAGAUGGACAACCAUAUGUCAGACAAGGAUGAGAGUUGCUAUGACAAUGCAGAAGCAGCCUUUAGUGAUGAUGAGGAGGAUCUCAACAGCAAAGGAAAGAAGAGAGAGUUUCGCUUCCACCCUAUCAAGGAGACAGUUGUGGAGGAGCCAGUUGAUAUCACCCCUUACCUUGACCAGCUGGAUGAGUCCCUAAGGGACAAAGUACUCCAACUACAGAAGGGCAGUGAUACAGAAGCCCAGUGUGAGGUCAUGCAGGAAAUUGUGGACCAGGUCCUGGAGGAAGACUUUGACUCAGAGCAGCUGUCUGUCCUUGCAUCCUGCCUACAGGAGCUCUUCAAGGCCCACUUCCGAGGGGAGGUGCUUCCCGAGGAGGUCACGGAGGAGUCCCUGGAGGAAUCUGUGGGGAAGCCUCUAUACCUAAUAUUUAGGAACCUAUGCCAGAUGCAGGAAGACAACAGCAGUUUCUCUCUGCUUCUGGACCUUCUCUCCGAGCUAUAUCAGAAGCAGCCCAAGAUUGGCUACCACUUGCUCUACUACCUAAGGGCCAGCAAAGCCGCCGCAGGGAAGAUGAACUUGUACGAGUCAUUUGCCCAGGCCACCCAGCUGGGUGAUCUGCACACCUGCUUAAUGAUGGACAUGAAGGCCUGCCAGGAGGACGACGUGCGACUGCUGUGCCACCUCACACCCUCCAUCUACACAGAGUUUCCAGAUGAGACCUUGCGGAGCGGGGAGCUGCUGAACAUGAUUGUGGCUGUUAUUGACUCUGCACAGCUCCAGGAGCUGGUCUGCCAUGUGAUGAUGGGGAACCUGGUCAUGUUUCGAAAAGACUCAGUCCUCAACAUACUCAUCCAAAGCCUAGACUGGGAAACCUUUGAGCAGUACUGUGCCUGGCAGCUCUUCCUGGCCCACAACAUACCCCUAGAGACCAUCAUCCCUAUUUUGCAGCACCUCAAAUACAAGGAGCAUCCAGAGGCAUUGUCCUGCCUUCUUCUUCAGCUCCGGAGAGAGAAGCCCAGCGAGGAGAUGGUAAAGAUGGUGCUGAGCCGGCCCUGCCACCCUGACGACCAGUUCACCACCAGCAUCCUGCGACACUGGUGCAUGAAGCACGAUGAGCUGCUGGCGGAGCACAUCAAGUCCCUGCUCAUCAAGAACAACAGCCUCCCACGCAAGAGGCAGAGCCUGAGGAGCUCCAGCAGCAAGCUGGCCCAGCUGACUCUGGAGCAGAUCCUGGAGCACUUGGACAACCUGCGUCUCAACCUGACCAACACUAAGCAGAACUUUUUUAGCCAGACCCCAAUUCUCCAGGCUCUGCAGCACGUCCAGGCGAGCUGUGACGAAGCCCACAAGAUGAAGUUCAGCGACCUCUUCUCCCUGGCAGAGGAAUAUGAGGACUCUUCCACCAAGCCACCCAAGAGCCGGCGAAAAGCAGCUCUCUCCAGCCCCCGGAGUCGAAAGAAUGCCACACAGCCCCCCAACACGGAAGAAGAGUCUGGUUCUAGCAGUGCCUCAGAGGAAGAAGACACAAAACCGAAGCCCACCAAGCGGAAACGGAAAGGGUCCUCUGCAGUGGGGUCUGACAGUGACUGAGUCUCGUGCUCCCAUCCCACUCCUAGUUGGACUACCCUCUCCUCCUUGGUGAAUCAAAGGUUUAAUAGGGGCUGGGGAGAUAGUAGGGGAAACAUCCUCUCUCUCCAUCCCAAAACUCACCUGGUGGGAAGCCUGAUAAGCUGCCAUGCAGCCCCCAGUCCCUCCUCCCCCCUCCCGGGGGCCUCCAGCCCCAUCACACUGCUGCUCCCACCAAUACUUGGGUUCCCACUGAAGCCAGAGGCUGUGCAAAACCUGGACUGCGGUGGAAGUCCUCAGGUCCCUGCCCCCUCCCUCAGCCUCCCAAAGAGCUAUUUAAACCAAGAAGAGAAAUAGCAAAGGGGCAGCUGGCCAGAGAGACAAGGAUGAGAGGAAAGACAAGGAUGCUGGUGUCCCUUCUGCCAACCCCCUUUAGGUCUUGAUUUACCCUGAACAGGCAUUUUAUAGUUGCUCUCCAUACACCCGUAUGAAAUGGGCAUCUGUGACAAUGCUGGGCUGCCUAUUUCUUUCCAUGGGGCAAAUGCCAGAAGGGUUCAGGAAGGAACCUGAGAGGGAGACCGCAGCCCCACCUGGUGUGCCCUGGAGGCUUGUGUUGGCCUGAGGUUGGCACCUCAAGCUGGGCCAGAGCCCUAGGGAGUCUGAGAGACAACGUUCCAUAGAACUGUCACAUGGUCCUGUUUCCUUGGUUGUCGUCUUUGGGGUUUUUUGGCAGAGAUAAUCGUGUUUUAAAAGUUGUUUUUAAAUGACAAUAAAACAAGCCAGAACCUCUUU